AUGGAGAACGAUACACCUAGUGUUAGAAUUCCGAAAGUGAAACUAGGCAGUCAAGGAUUGGAGGUUUCUAGAUUAGGGUUAGGAUGUGCAGGGCUAUCUGGGCUGCUAAACGAUCCCCUAAUCCACGAAGAUGAAUGUUCACUUCUGAAGAGCGCCUUCCAUAGAGCUAGCCUUACCCGCCUUGGAGUGGACUACAUUGAUCUCUAUUACCAGCACCGUGUUGAUACUUCGGUUCCAAUCGAGGAUACUAUGGAGGAGAUGCAGAAGCUGGUGAAUGAAGGGAAGGUGAAGGAGAUUGAACAAGAGAUCAUUCCUCUAUGCCGUGAACUUGGCAUUGGCACAGUGAGUUACGGUCCUCUUGGUCAUGGGUUUUUUGCCGGAAAAGCAGUUACAGAGAGCCUGCCCAGUGGAAGUCUAUUGACACAUCCAAGGUUCACAACGGUUAGUUUAGAGAAGAACAAAGCAAUCUAUUCAAGAGUUUCCAAUUUGUCCUUAAAGCAUGCCUGCACUGCUUCUCAGCGAGCUCUUGCAUGGGUUCUGCAUAAGGGAAAUUACAUUGUCCCCAUCCCUGGGACUACGAAACUGAAGAAUCUCGAUAGCAACAUUGGGAGCCUGCUCGUGAAGCCUACACCUCAGGAUGUAAACGAAGUUUGUGAUGCAGUGCCGGUUGAUGAAGUUAGCGGGUCGAGUGAGGUGCCUGUCCUUGCCAAAUUUGGUUGGCAGUUUGCAUAUACACCGCCAAAGAAGUGA